AUGUCAACCCAGAUAACAUUAAAGGAGAGUCCGACUUGUUUGGAUUCGGGGAUGCGUCUCAAAGCGCGUUUGGAGCGUGCUUUCCAAAGUGGCACCGCUGAAACACUCUCUCUUCCUAGAUUGGAGCUAGAAGCAGCACUUCUUUUGGCGCAAUUGUACGACAGCGUUAAGACUGCUUUAAAAGGGAGAAUUCGUCAAGUUCAUUUAUGGAGCGAUAGCACAAUUGUUCUUGGUUGGAUAAAGAUGCAACCUCACGUUCUUAAGACUUUCGUUGCCAAUAGGGUGGCGAAGAUACAAGAGUUAACGGCAAGCGAGGCUACAUGGCGACAUGUCCCAUCGGAGGAAAACCCUGCGGAACUUUUGUCUCGAGGUGUCGCUGUCCAAGAGCUCGAGAUUAGUGAUUUGUGGUGGCACGGACCAAACUGGAUUAAGAGAGAUGAUCGAUGUCCAGAACACAUGCAAGAGCCAAGUGAGAGUUUACCAGAAGUAAAGGCUCCGGCUAUCACAUUGUUUACGACACAAGUAACACCCUCAUUUCCUUUAUUGCUGAAACAUGAGUCGUUCGGCAAGAUAUGCAGGAUAAUCGCGUAUUGUUUUAGAUUCGUAGAUGCCGCGAGGCGCUCAGCUGAUGAAAGCAAGCCGAAUAAGCAGCAGUAUAUGGCGAGGUCAAUCGGCAUCGAGGAAAUGAACAGAGCAGAGAAAGUUAUUCUCAAACAGACUCAGAGGGAAGGGUUUCCUCUCGAGCUGCGAAGCUUAGCAAGCAAUCAAGACUUGCCGCGAAAAAACAAGUUAAAAUCACUCAGUCCGUUCAUAGACGAUAACGGUCUGAUACGGAUUGGAGGACGACUAAGGCACGCACGCCUAUCAGAAGAGCAGAAGCACCCCAUCGUUUUACCGGCGAGGCAUCGUCUGGCGCUACUCAUUAUGCGCGAGGAGCAUAUACGCAUGUUGCAUUGCCCUUCAGAACAGCUGUUACACAGCGUGCGACAAAGAUAUUGGCCUAUUCACGGGCGGAGAUUGGCGCAGAAAAUAGUAAGAACAUGCGUUAAAUGUUUUAGAUAUAACCCAAGAAUACCAGAUAUCACCAUGGGAGAUCUGCCCAGGGAACGGGUCAUAAUGCCCACGAGACCAUUCAUGGUAAGGGGUGUAGAUUACGCCGGCCCGUUUCAACUUCGAGAAAGUCGCCGACGCGGACGGCUCCAUGUAUCAAAAGGCUAUGUGGCCUUAUUCAUUUGUUUUAGCACCAAGGCAGUGCACUUGGAAGUGGUGACAAGUCUCACAAGAGCCUCUCGAGAGCUCCAGGAAAUUCAAGAAUUUCUAGAGAAAACAGAACCAGAGAUAAAGUCUUUUAUGAUCAAACAAAGGAUCAAUUGGAGCUUCAUUCCUCCCAGAUCUCCUCAUUUUGGAGGGAUAUGGGAGUCGGCCGUGAAACUUAUGAAACGGCAUAUGUACACGAUUUCUCAAGGAAAGGUGCUUACCUAUGAGGAAUUCAAUACUUUAGUGACUGAGAUUGAAGCCGUUCUUAACUCACGUCCUUUAACGCCAUUGACCAGUGAUCCAUCAGAUUUUAACGUACUUACUCCUUCUCAUUUCCUUAUAGGCGACUCACUCACUCAACCUGUUCAACAUUGUUUGCUUAAUGUUCCGGAUAAUCGUUUGUCUCACUGGCAGCAUUUACAGAAACUACGUCAACAGUUAUGGCAACGAGAGUACUUGCAGGAAUUGCAAAGGAGGAGCAAAUGGUUUGUUUCUGACGCUAAUGUUGGAGUGAACACUCUCGUUCUACUCAUCGAGGAUAACGCUCCCCCCUUCAAGUGGCCACUGGGUCGAGUGGUUGCAGUGCAUCCCGGCGCGGAUGCUAAAGUUCGAGUCGUGACAGUCAAGACAUCGACAGGGUCCUACAAGAGAGCUGUCAAGUAG